AUGAAUGGUGCACAUUAUGUGGAAGAGAGCAUUCGAACUAUAUUCUUCUACCCUAAAUGGAAGUAUGAAGAAUUUCACAAACAUCCGAAUUCAACCAUUGCAGAAGCUUUUCGGAAAGGUUACGAAGUGGUUUACGAUCUAGACAACACGAUACAGAUCUAUCACUGGAAUCGUUUCUAUAAUCAAACGAUUACGAUCGAUCCUCGCAACAUUCUUGUACCGGACGAGAUUCGCGAUUUGCAUGGUUUUGAGUUAGAACUUUAUUCGUCGGAUUUUUUGCGCAAAUCAAUGACAUUCGACAAGUACUUCUUUGAGCAGAUUUGCAGAAAGAUAAACGCCACUGUUGUAUUAACGGAUCACCGUUCAAAACGUCUUGCGAUCGGUCCACUGGUAGGAAUAAGAAAUGCGUACGUUCCUUUUAUAAUACCUGGUGCGGGAACUUCAUACUUAGCAAUAAUGGUGCCUCGGGCCAAGCCCAAGUCAAUCAUGUCGAUACUGAUCGAUCCUUUCGACUUGUACACAUGGAUCACAUACUUCAUACUGAUUCUUACUUUGGCCAUUACCCUCGCCUUGUUUGGAGAACUUCUCGGGAGGCGCCGUUUCUAUGAGAUAGUCCUUGAGCUGAUCAUGAUUUCUCUUGCGGGCCCUUCUAGAACAUAUGGAGGAUCAUUCGAGAAUCGAAUCAUCACUGUGUUCUGUCUAAUGGGGAUAGUGCUCGUAUCGUCCUACCAAUCGCUUGUGAUCUCCUUCAUGUCAUUCGCACGCUAUCCUCCCGAGAUCAACACCCUGGCGGAGAUACAAGAACGGUGCAUUUUUAAGGAAGGGGAGGAAGCACAAUUCUUUAAAUUCAAGACAUUUGAUUCUAAUAAUCGUCCCGGUUUGGGUAAUCCAUGUGUAUUUGAAUACGGAAGGGAUAACGAACAACGCAGCAUGAUGAUAGCAUCACACAUUAAUUAUGAGAAGCAUACACAUUACGGCGAAGACUUCUUACGAUUCAGACAUGAAAACUAUCGUUACGCCGAUACGAAAUUUUUCGAGUACCAAAUAUGUUAUCUUAUGCUUGCCGAGCUCAGACAAACAUUUAAGUUCUAUAUUGAUGCGAUUUUCGAAUCAGGCAUCUAUGAUUAUUACUAUAACAACAAAUCACAACCAGACUGGCACUAUAAUCAAGACACUUUUGUUGAUCGCGUUGUCACUGUAGGAGAUCUUACAUUGCUGUGGUAUGCUUAUGCGUGCGGAACCUUACUGAGUGUAGUAUGUUUUGUGACGGAAACAGUCAUUCAUAACGAGUUUCGAAACAUUCGAAUUCGAAAUUAA